AUGCGUUUCAACGUUGCCGGCGUCUCCGCCCUCCUGGCCCUGACCGCCAGCGCCAUGCCCGUCGCCAAGCGCGAUGUCGAAAUCCAAACCGUCUGGCAAACCGUCUAUGAAACGGUCUAUCAGACCGUCCACCCCGCGCCUACCGCCAACGCCAACCCGGUCCAGGCCAUGGCCAUUCCUUCCACCACCGAGGCUGUUGCCGUGCCCACCACCACCAGCAUCCCAACCCUCAGCGUGCCCGCUCCCACAGUUCCCGCCGUCAGCAGCACUCUGAGCCCCAGCACCACCAGCUCUGCCCCCGUCGCCACCGGCAGCGGUGUCUCAAUCGUCAACAACCUCGACCACACCGUCUACCUCUGGGUCGUCACCGACACCCCCGGCGAGAUGACUACCCUCGCCUCCGGCGAGACCUUCAACGACCAGUGGCUGACCAACUCCAACGGCGGCGGUAUCUCGAUCAAGAUCUCCACCACCGAGGUCUGCGACGACGUCCUGCAGUUCGAAUACACCCAGUCCGGUGACGUCCUCUUCUGGGAUCUCUCGUCCAUCAAUAUGCAGAAGACCUCUGCUUUCGUUAAGGCUGGCUUCGGUGUUACUAUCUCUGAUGAGUCUUGUCCUACUGCCACCUGUGCUCCUGGUGAUGCGUACUGCGUGCAGUCCUACCAGUUGCCGGAUGAUGUUAACACCCUUGCUUGCGGUGUUGACGCUGCCUACACUCUUACCUUGGGUUAG